AUAAUACCUACGGCGAGCAUUUGUACAGAGAUUGUGAAGAACCCGACCUUUCUCAAUACUGAAGUGUGGCGCCGGAUCUAUCACCUUUGCGAUACACUGCAACAUAUCUAUCUGUCUGCGGCGCACUUGACCGCCAACCUGCGCCAAAAUGAAGCUCGUCAGAUUUCUUAUGAAAUGCGCCAAUGAAACAGUCACGAUCGAACUGAAAAAUGGCACCAUCGUCCAUGGCACCAUCACCUCUGUCUCACCACAGAUGAACACCGCGCUUCGUGCCGUCAAAAUGACGCCAAGAAACCGCGCGAACGCCAGUGUACCGGGCGAGACCAUCUCUCUCGACACGAUCAACAUCCGCGGGUCGACCAUCCGAUACUUCAUCCUCCCAGACUCAUUACCGCUUGACACGCUAUUGAUCGACGACCAGCCGAAGCCCAAGAACAAGGCGAGGAAAGAGGGCGAUACACGUGGCAGAGGUGGUCGAGGUGGGCCGAGAGGUAGAGGCCGAGGAGGUGGACGUGGCAGAGGACGCGGAAGAGGCUUCUAAAGCUGGGCCAGCCGGUACGAAGGGGUUGUACCAUUGUGAUAAGAGGCACAUGGCUUCGUGGUGAUUUCUGGCGCAAAAUCCGCAGUCGGACGUCGGACUUGUCAGCCCAGCUUUGGGUUUCACGGAACGCUGCAUCAGUGCGGAAGAGUAUCGUCGACGAGUUCGAUCACUGACGUCUGGAGAGUAAAUCGGUGAAGGAUUCGUCGUUUUGGAGAUCAAAAGCACGAAAAGGAUACCAACUGAGAGGAGAUGAGAUACAAGGCGCCCGAACAGAGGUAACGAGGAAAUGUCGAGAUCUGCAUCGGCAGGUUAAUAUCGUGUUUCGAGGGUCAUGGCAAAAUGUGCAUCACAAGUAGGACGCAGGAGCAGGCGGCAUCUGGUACUUGCAGGUACGUCGAGCCGGGGGUCGGGAAGACAUCCUUUUAAUGCAAGCCAAAAAAUUGAAAAAGAUUUGUCCUCUGACUUCUUGCUGUUGUAUAGUCCUCAGAAUUUCUCGCUGUUGUAUAGUCCUCUGACUUUUCCGCUGUUAUAUAGUUCUCUGACUUUCUCGCUGUUGUAUAGUCCUACCUCUCUCACAGACUCAUACAAGAUCAAGAGUAAUUGUUUCACAGGAUUCGAAGCAUGAACGGCCAUUUGGAUGCAAAGUGCAUCGACCAUAAGUACCGGAAACCGAGUGAGCAGAGUCAGGAAGACAGCGUCUCUGAUGGCUGUCGGCAACUCGUUGACCGUACUCGUUGACCGAAAAACCAU